CUGAAGCAGUGACUGUCCCGAAAGGGGCUGGAGGCAGGACUGCUCCUGGAGGCUGGACCACGCGCUAGCAUCCUCAGGGCUCCCAGGUCCGGAGCUCCUAGAUUUGGUGGCGCUCGCCCGCAGCAGCUGGACGCUAGAUCUCUCCAGGGCGGCCCCUCCGGGGUGGCCGCGGCCUCAGCUCAGCCCCUCCCUCUUCCCUUGCUUCUUCUCCUCGCCCUCCUCCUCGCUCCCUCACCACGUAGGAGUUCCCAUUCUCCACCCAAGCCGUCCUGCUUUCCCCCUUUCCUUCCUUUUGGAAACCAGAGACUCCGAGGGAGGCGACCAGGCUGCGGAGGAGAGGGCCGGCUCACAAAGUGCUGCUUUGACACAUCCUUAGGAUGGAAGUUAAGUGAAAACAGAACAACACAAAACAAAACUCUGCGAAGUGUUGCUGCUACAGAGGAGACCAAGGGGAGAGAGAACCCGGUGGGCAGGCCAAUGGUUGCUCCGCAGCGCGUUGGCAAGUUUGUGGAACACUUUCUAGGAAUUAGGUCCUUUUUUUUGUCCCCCACCAUCUUCUUGACUUCUGAAGAAAGAAGUUGUGUUUGGAUUGCGAUGGAGUCUAAAGAGACAGGGCUAGACGCGCGUGAAUAGUCCCGCCAGCUGAGCUGAAUUUGUGGGAAUUUAGGAAGCCAGCCUGUGGAAGUACUGCGUCUCCGGAGUCCCCUGGGUUCAUUCGGAUGGCACCUAACGUGUCCCGUGUCAGACCUCUUCACCAACAGCUUCUGAUGUUGCCAUUUUGCUCUUCUUGACCUUAAUUAAUCUCUAGGAAAGUCUAAACUUCGGACCUACCUCUUUUUUUGAUACUUAUUUUUGUACUUCCGCUCUCUGGGAUUGGUUUCUUAAACAACCUGGAUCCUUUUUCAUAUGUCAAAAUGAACCCUCUGAUGUUUACACUAUUGUUGCUCUUUGGAUUUCUCUGCAUUCAGAUUGAUGGAUCUCGUCUUCGUCAAGAAGACUUUCCCCCCAGGAUUGUAGAACACCCUUCUGACGUCAUCGUCUCCAAGGGAGAACCCACCACUCUGAACUGUAAAGCAGAGGGCCGGCCCACUCCUACCAUUGAAUGGUACAAGGAUGGUGAGAGGGUGGAGACAGACAAGGAUGAUCCCAGGUCACACAGGAUGCUUCUGCCCAGCGGAUCCUUAUUCUUUUUGAGAAUUGUUCACGGGCGCAGAAGUAAACCGGAUGAAGGGAGUUACGUUUGUGUUGCAAGGAACUAUCUUGGUGAAGCAGUGAGCCGAAACGCAUCUCUGGAAGUGGCAUUAUUGCGAGAUGACUUCCGGCAAAACCCCACAGAUGUGGUAGUCGCAGCUGGAGAGCCUGCAAUCUUGGAGUGCCAGCCACCAAGGGGACACCCAGAACCAACCAUCUACUGGAAAAAAGACAAAGUCCGAAUUGAUGACAAGGAAGAGAGAAUAAGUAUCCGUGGUGGGAAGUUGAUGAUCUCUAAUACUAGGAAAAGUGAUGCUGGCAUGUAUACCUGUGUUGGAACCAAUAUGGUGGGAGAAAGGGACAGCGACCCUGCAGAGCUUACUGUCUUUGAACGACCCACAUUUCUCAGGAGGCCAAUUAACCAGGUGGUGCUAGAGGAAGAGGCUGUAGAAUUCCGUUGUCAGGUCCAAGGAGAUCCGCAGCCAACAGUGAGGUGGAAAAAGGAUGAUGCAGACUUGCCAAGAGGAAGGUAUGAUAUCAAAGAUGACUAUACCCUGAGAAUUAAAAAGGCCAUGAGUACAGAUGAAGGUACCUAUGUGUGUAUUGCUGAGAAUCGGGUGGGAAAAGUGGAAUCCUCUGCAACCCUCACUGUCCGAGUUCGCCCUGUUGCUCCUCCACAGUUUGUGGUUAGGCCAAGAGAUCAGAUCGUUGCUCAGGGCCGGACAGUGACAUUCCCCUGUGAAACUAAAGGAAACCCACAACCAGCUGUUUUUUGGCAGAAAGAAGGCAGCCAGAACCUACUUUUCCCGAAUCAACCUCAGCAGCCCAAUAGCAGGUGUUCAGUGUCCCCCACGGGGGACCUCACCAUCACCAACAUUCAGCGUUCAGAUGCGGGUUACUACAUCUGCCAGGCCCUAACUGUGGCAGGCAGCAUUUUAGCUAAAGCACAGCUGGAGGUUACUGACGUUUUGACAGAUAGACCUCCACCCAUAAUCUUGCAAGGACCAAUAAACCAAACACUUGCGGUAGACGGUACAGCCUUACUGAAAUGUAAAGCCACUGGCGAGCCUCUUCCUGUAAUUAGCUGGCUGAAGGAGGGCUUUACUUUUCUGGGGAGAGAUCCAAGAGCCACGAUCCAAGACCAAGGAACAUUGCAGAUUAAGAAUUUGCGGAUUUCUGAUACUGGCACAUAUACUUGUGUGGCUACAAGUUCGAGUGGGGAGACUUCCUGGAGUGCAGUGCUGGAUGUAACAGAAUCUGGAGCAACAAUCAGUAAAAAUUAUGAUAUAAAUGACCUCCCAGGGCCACCAUCCAAACCUCAGGUCACCGAUGUUACUAAGAACAGUGUCACCUUAUCCUGGCAACCAGGUACACCUGGAGUACUUCCAGCAAGCGCGUAUAUCAUUGAGGCUUUCAGCCAAUCAGUGAGCAAUAGCUGGCAGACAGUGGCAAACCAUGUUAAGACAACUCUCUAUACAGUAAGAGGGCUAAGGCCCAACACAAUCUACUUGUUCAUGGUCAGAGCGAUCAACCCCCAAGGUCUCAGUGAUCCAAGCCCUAUGUCGGAUCCUGUACGAACACAAGAUAUCAGCCCACCAGCACAAGGAGUGGACCACAGACAAGUGCAGAAGGAAUUAGGAGAUGUCAUUGUUCGUCUCCAUAAUCCAGUUGUCCUAACACCUACAACUGUUCAAGUCACAUGGACGGUGGACCGACAACCCCAGUUUAUUCAGGGCUACAGAGUGAUGUACCGUCAGACUUCUGGGAUACAAGCCUCAACUGUGUGGCAGAAUCUAGACGCCAAAGUCCCGACUGAGAGGAGUGCUGUCCUUGUGAAUCUGAAAAAGGGAGUGACUUAUGAAAUUAAAGUCAGGCCGUAUUUUAAUGAGUUCCAAGGAAUGGACAGUGAAUCGAAAACAGUUCGUACUACUGAGGAGGCCCCAAGUGCCCCUCCCCAGUCUGUCACUGUGCUGACAGUUGGAAGCCACAACAGCACAAGCAUUAGUGUUUCCUGGGAUCCUCCACCAGCUGACCAUCAGAAUGGAAUUAUUCAGGAAUAUAAGAUUUGGUGUCUGGGAAAUGAAACUCGAUUCCAUAUCAAUAAAACGGUGGAUGCAGCCAUUCGAUCUGUAGUAAUAGGUGGUUUGUUCCCUGGAAUUCAGUACCGGGUGGAAGUGGCAGCUAGUACAGGUGCAGGGGUUGGAGUAAAAAGUGAACCACAGCCAAUAAUUAUUGGGGGACGUAAUGAAGUUGUCAUUACUGAAAACAAUAACAGCAUAACUGAGCAAAUCACUGAUGUAGUGAAGCAACCUGCAUUUAUAGCUGGCAUUGGUGGUGCCUGCUGGGUAAUUUUGAUGGGUUUUAGCAUCUGGUUGUACUGGAGAAGAAAGAAGAGAAAGGGACUCAGCAAUUAUGCUGUAACAUUUCAAAGAGGAGAUGGAGGACUAAUGAGCAAUGGGAGCCGUCCAGGUCUUCUAAAUGCUGGUGAUCCCAAUUAUCCAUGGCUUGCUGAUUCAUGGCCAGCCACGAGUUUGCCAGUGAACAAUAGCAAUAGUGGCCCAAACGAAAUUGGAAAUUUUGGGCGUGGAGAUGUGCUGCCUCCGGUUCCAGGCCAAGGGGAUAAAACAGCAACCAUGCUUUCUGAUGGAGCCAUUUAUAGCAGCAUUGACUUCACUACCAAAACCACUUACAACAGUUCCAGCCAAAUAACACAGGCCACCCCAUAUGCCACUACCCAGAUCCUGCAUUCCAACAGCAUCCACGAACUGGCAGUUGAUCUUCCUGAUCCACAGUGGAAAAGCUCAGUUCAACAAAAAACAGACCUCAUGGGAUUUGGUUAUUCCCUACCUGAUCAGAACAAGGGGAACAACGGUGGUAAAGGUGGAAAAAAGAAGAAAACUAAAAAUUCUUCGAAAGCGCAGAAAAACAACGGAUCCACCUGGGCUAAUGUCCCUCUACCUCCUCCUCCGGUCCAGCCUCUUCCUGGUACAGAGCUGGGGCACUAUGCUGCGGAACAAGAAAAUGGCUAUGACAGUGAUAGCUGGUGCCCACCAUUACCGGUGCAAACAUACUUGCAUCAGGGUAUGGAAGAUGAGCUGGAAGAAGACGAAGAUCGGGUCCCAACACCUCCUGUUCGCGGUGUGGCCUCUUCACCUGCUAUCUCCUUUGGCCAGCAGUCCACUGCCACUCUUACUCCAUCCCCACGGGAAGAGAUGCAACCCAUGCUGCAAGCUCACCUGGAUGAGCUAACAAGGGCCUAUCAGUUUGAUAUAGCAAAACAAACAUGGCACAUUCAAAGCAAUACUCCACCUCCACAACCCCCAGUUCCGCCAUUAGGUUAUGUGUCUGGAGCCUUGAUUUCUGAUUUGGAGACAGAUGUUGCAGAUGAGGAUGCUGAUGAUGAAGAGGAACCAUUAGAAAUUCCCAGGCCCCUCAGAGCACUAGACCAGACACCUGGAUCCAGUAUGGACAAUCUAGAUAGCUCUGUCACAGGUUCAAUGGUAAAUGGAUGGGGCUCUGCAUCUGAUGAGGAUCGUAACUUUUCUAGUCAUAGAUCUAGUGUAGGUAGCUCCUCAGAUGGCUCCAUCUUUGCCAGCGGCAGCUUUGCACAAGCAUUGGUGGCAGCAGCAGAUAAAGCUGGUUUUAGGCUGGAUGGAACCAGUCUUACAAGAACAGGAAAAGCCUUUACCUCCUCUCAAAGGCAGCGGCCCACCAGCCCAUUUUCUACAGAGAGUAACACCAGUGCUGCCCAGAAUCAAAGCCAGAGGCCUCGGCCCACGAAAAAACACAAGGGAGGGCGGAUGGACCCACAGCCAGUGUUACCUCAUCGGAGAGAAGGGAUGCCAGAUGAUCUUCCCCCACCACCAGAUCCCCCACCAGGUCAGGGUUUAAGGCAGCAGAUAGGCCUGAGCCAACACUCUGGUAACGUGGAAAACUCAACAGAGAGAAAAGGAAGCUCUCUAGAGAGACAACAAGCAGCCAACUUAGAAGAUACAAAGAGCUCAUUGGAUUGUCCAGCUAAAAGUGCUCUAGAGUGGCAGCGUCAAACCCAGGACUGGAUAAACUCUACAGAACGCCAAGAAGAAACACGGAAAGCCCCACACAAACAAGGGGUUGGAUCAGAGGAGUCCCUGGUGCCCUACAGCAAGCCCAGCUUCCCGUCUCCAGGUGGGCACAGCUCAUCUGGAACAUCUUCCUCUAAAGGGUCCACCGGCCCUCGGAAGGCCGACGUGCUGAGGGGCAGCCACCAGAGGAACACCAAUGACCUUCUCGACAUUGGAUAUGUGGGCUCGAAUAGUCAAGGACAGUUUACAGGUGAAUUGUAGUAACUGAGAGGGGACAUACAAAGAUACUCUGCGGACUAUCAGGUCCAAACUCAUGGAAGUGAUAACAUUUAACAGUGCAAUGAACAAUUUCUUUAUUUAUGUACUAUUAAAGAAAACUGUAAAUGCAAUGUAAAGACACACAGCCACCCAUAUCCCACAGUUAUUUUCUUGUGUUCUUCUCUUACUUACACCACCCACCUUAACUCUUUCUUGUCAGGAGUAUAUACGAAAAAGAAAGAAAGCAAAACUUGCCCUCCAGGAAGAAAAGAAUUUUCCUCUGUAUAUAAUUUCUUUUGUGCAUUGCUAUGCAAGCUCACUCUUUUUAACUCUGUUCAUAUUAUUGUCUGUUCUGAAUGGUCUGUUGUACUAUAUGUGAAUUAAUGGGCUGUGGUGCCAUAUAUUAACUUUUAAUUGUGUAACUUUUUAUGUUUAAAUUUUGCACUGCGAUUUUCUUUGGUGAUAAGCACAAAUCUCUACUCCUCAUGACAUGAAGAAAAGAUUGAAUGUGAAGGGAGUUUUCUGUACUGUAAGUUAGGUUGGAUAAUGCUGGUGUAACCAAUCCUGUUAGGUGGUUUUCAGUUGGGGGUGUAGAAAUAGGAAGGUGUGAAGGAAUGAUGGUGUUGGCAAAGUCUUCUUGAAACAUCAGAUAUUGAGUCAAUUUUAAGAAGCAGAAAGAUGGAUGCUAUUGACUAAAACAGGGGUCAAAAGAAAGGGGGUUUAAGUCUAGACAGAAUGUGUAAUAAAGUAUGGUGGUAGCAAAGAUGUACUAACUUGCUUUAAAAAUAUUAUUAAAGUUUUAUUUAGAAUGAACUUUACUUGCCAUUGUAAUUAACCCACCUUAGAAUUACAAUGAGCAAAAUAGAAAUCAAAGUGUUUCAAGAGAUCUGUAUUUAUAUUACACAUUUUAAAAAAAUAGCAGUUUUGAAUUACCAUAAUUAAUCUUUCCAACUCAUUAAGUCAGACUAUAACAUGGAGGUCCCCAAGGAAACAAAGAAAAUGAACUCUAGAUAUUCUAGCAAAUAGUUAAAGAAGCAACUUAUUAUUAGGGCAUACUUGGCUACUCUUGAAUAUGAGCUCAAUUGCAAUAUCUUGUUCAUCUUUCUAAUACAUGUACAGUACAUAUUAGAGGAGGUAGCCACAUCAGUUCAUUUCUUUUGGAAAGAAAAAAGCAAACUAAUUCAGUCUACAUACAACUUUGUGUUUCUUUUGAUUAAAACGUAAAAUUGAUGCCACCAGAUGUAUAGCCAAGUUAUAAGUGCUUAAAGGCAGUGCUCACAGUAUGUUCAGUUUCCAGUUAGUAGAUUUAUUGGACUCAAUAUUUUCUGGUACAAUCUCUAAAAUUGGCUACCAACUAAAAUCUGUUUGACCCAUUUUGAAUGAGUAAAUCGGAAAGAAUAGUCAAAAGGGAGAAAAAUGCAUGUUUAUACACUUUUUAAAUAAAACCAAAUCUUGUAAGUGGACAUUAAUAACAGUGUCCUGCCUCGUUUGUUUUCUCGACUUUGAGAACAAGGAGUUCCUAAACAUCAAUUAUGUAUGCUCAAGAUAAAUGUGACUUUGAAAUGUAUGUUAGCUACUGUACAUGUAUGUAAGUCAAGUAGAUAAUAGCCUUUCUGAAAUUACCAUUUAAGAUAUUUUCCCAUGUGCUACUUACACAAGCUUAAAUUCUAGUUCAGUCAAUGUUUUUAUUAUUUUUUCUUAUGAUAUAUUCAAUAGAUGAUACCUUGAAAAAUAUUCAGUGUGAUGGGCAAUAUAUUGAGUUUCCAAGUAGGAAAUAUUUACAUUGAUAAUACAUACUGUGUAUUAUUGGCUCAGGUGCCAACUCAUGUGACAUUGUCAUAGAAAAUGGAUAAUGUAAGUACAUGGUUCCAAGGGUCUUUCUCCACAGGCAAGCAUAGAAUUUGAGGUUCUUCAUGGGUCCCAAAAUGUUCUUAGUGCUAUAUACUUAACUUUCUUCACUGAAAUAACAAAAAAUUCUGACACACCCUUUAACAACUUUGUACCAUCAGUGCCUGAAUUUUAUUGAAGUUUAAUGUCUCUGGUACAAGGAAAUGGAAAAAGCUGAACAGUUUCUGUGGGAGAAAAACCAGUUUACGUAGUUAUUGUCAGUUGUGAUAAAUUUAACUUUUCAUUUACACAGUUUCUUAUUUCAUGGCCUCUGUUUAAGAGCAUAGGAUCUUUUAAGACAUAUUUUUAGUUGUGUUUUCACUGUAUGUUCAUGAAUAAUAUAAAUUAGUGUAAAACUUUAGUAUAUCCUAUGUAUGGUAACUGACAUUUGCAGAUUAUUAUCAAAGCAAAUCAUAAGAAAUAAUAUCUCCAGAUCACAUAAUGGCUUACAAAUCAAUUUCAGAUUAUAGCAACAUGUCUUUCUGAUUGUCUUCAGUAUAUGAUCAUAAGCGAUUAUAUCAUGUCCAUACAGAUUACAACCUAUGAUCACUGCAAAAUCUUGCAUUCAAUAUCUAUCAUAACAUAACAUGCUGUGGUAAUUUGAAUUCAGGCAUAGGCAUACUAUCAGCAAUAGAAAGCCUUCAUCCUCUAGGUAGUUGGACAAAUCAAUUCAUCAUCAACCAUCAGAUUGUUAAUCGAGGAAUACAUACCUCCUUCAUGAAUGCCCCAAGUCUUUUCAUCUUAUACUUGACUGAAUGUGAUAGGAAAUCUGCUGAGUUUACUCUUCUGUGGGCCUGAGCAGAAACAUGCAUAAGCCAUCAAGAGGGAGUCUGGGUGGGAAUAAAACCUCAUCUUUUACUCAUAGGCAAUAACGCUGUGUAGUCACGGCAACCCAAGCACAGCUUCUUUCAGAUCAUGCAAAGUCUCCUUUUCGAAUGUACAUAUCAGUGCCCAAACUCAGGUAUGCCAGUUGAAACAGUAGAGUUUACCUAACCUUCUUUAUGCCACUUUACAAGAGUAAGUUAGGAGACUCCAGGGCUAUGAAAAUAAUGGAUUCCUUCACAGGAUUUGGAGCAAGCUCACAGAACUAUAUAGGACAGUUGAGAGCAAUGUAAACACAACCAAAGUAAAGUAAAGCCUUGAAGAAACAUGUACUUCGACUGACAAAACAGAUUUAGUAUGUUCUAUGUUACGGCUUACCGCUCUCCGUAUUUAAAUCCCGUUGUCAAUGGGAUUUAAGUUGCAAGUAUGUAUAUGUUAUUUCGCGGAACACAACCAAGUUCUAUUUAAUAAGUUUAUGCAAUUUUUUCAUUGAUGAAAAAACAAUAUUCGCAUCAAUGAGCUCCCAGCUGCGGAUCACUACUCCUAAAAAGCGAUCUUGUCAGUAUCGAAGAUAUGCAGAAUCAUAAUUUUCACUACUAAUGUUAUUUUGUUCAACUACUUCUGUAUACUGUGAAAAAGGGGUGGGGGUGGGGCAUGUGUUUCCACGUUGUCUGAGAGGUGAAACUAUUUUUGCGUUGCUUUGUCCUAAUGGGUACUUCAAAUGAGACACCAUACAAUUUUAAAUGACAUGCAAUUUAUGGAUACUUUUUACUCUCAUAACUUUACAAGCAUUUGUUGUGAUCUUAAAGUGUUACAAGAUAAGAGAUUUUGUGGUUGUGGGUAGACUUUUUAUACUUUGUUUUAUAGAUGGAUUUUUUUCACUGUAGUUUAUUUGAGUGAGCAAACAGUAUCCCAAAUCUCAAUGUGUUUCUUUUGAUAUUGUUAGAUCAGCAAAGAAAUUGGCAUAAAAUUGAUUCAUAGUAUUGUCAAAGAAUUGUGUAUUGUGUAUUCACUGGGAAAAAUAAAAAAUAUAUUCACAUUUCAAUUUUGUUUAAAAAAAAAAAGCCAUUGAUGUAAAACACAUUUGUCUGUAGACAAACCAAAAAUAGAUCCUUGUGUCACUUUUAGAAUUCUGUGACUAUUUUUGUGGCCAAUAUUUAUAUUUCUUUUUCAAAUUCAAAUAUGGAUCAGAAGUGCUAAGUACAAAACAAUGUUGACUAGGUAGUUAUGAUUAAAAGACAGCAAUAAAGGCUAAA